AAUUGAUCGCGAUUUUUGGCACGUCACAGCCGCGUCAUCGUGUCACCGUGUCUGCUUUUAUCACUGUGGAAUUAAUUUACUCGACAUUAUCAUACCUUAUCGUUACAUUAUAUGCGGGCUGUAAAGUAAAGACUGCAAAUAUAUAUUAAAAAAAAUAUGGAGCUGUUAAGACAAGUGUCUAGCACACAAUUUUUCUUUCCCGCGGCAGCUGUUGCGGUAGUGUUAGUAUGUGCGGCUCUCGUAUUUAUGUUCGGUUUCCACACGGCAGAGCAGCCACAAUUCGACAAGCUGCCUCUGGUCUUAGAUGAAAGAAAGUCAACACAAAAGAAAAAGAAAUUAAAGGAAAAGAAAUCGUCACCCAACCGUUCAUCUAACGACGAGAGUAAAUCGAAAAAUGAGAGCUCUAAGAAAUCUCCUGCUAAGGAGAAGAAAGAAGAGAAAAAAGAAGUAGAGAAGCCAAAACCCAAAGUUGAGAAGGUUAUUGUUAAAAAGGAAGUUCCUGCUGAACCUAAGAAAUCAAAGAAAAACAAGGCAGUUGAAGUUGAGAAGCCAGCUGAUUACGAUGAUGGACUUUGGGAAGAAGUGCCAAAGAAAAGUGAUAAGAAGAAAGUGAAGGGUCCUGAGAAAGAGAGCCCUGUUAAGAAGAAUAAGAAGAAGGCAAAGGAGAAUGUUGUAGAAGCAGCACCAGUGAUUGCUAAGGAUGAUGCUCCAGAGGAGACAAUAAAAGUAAUAAGUGCUGUUGGUCCAGAUGUUGAUGAGGAUGCAGCAAGAGCUCUGCAGGCUCAAGUUGAAGAGCUGCAACGAGUUCUUAAAGAGGCAGAACGGCGUGACCAGGGUCUUGCUCCUGAAGAAGAGGAGGAGGCACCUGAAAAGGAAUUGACCGAAGUGAAGGAUUUAAGGAGCAACAAGAAGAAGGAAAAUAAGGAAAAACAAAAUAAAAAGAAGGAGGCUGCAGCUGUUGCCAAGACCGUGUCUAAAUCGGAGGAGAAUUCAGACUCCGAUAAACAAGAAGAGAAAGGUACUGCGCCUGUAUUUGAUGAGCUUGGUGAUACUUGGACCGAAGCUAAAGUAUCCAAGAAGAGCAAAAAGAAAGCACGCAAAGAUCAGUGAGGUGUGAAGUUAGCACACAAGAGUGCGGGCACCACCCGAAGUUAGCUCAAUGCCUUUCACCACACUUAUAAAACUACAUCAUUUCAUAUUUAUCAUGACAUUUAAUUAAAAAAGUUUUCUUUAGGUCAUAAAGAAUUACUUAAGAAAAAAAAAUUAUAAAAAAAUAUAUUUAUUAUUGACAUUAUCUCAGUGAUACUCUUGAUUUGUGGAUUUAUAAGGUGUGGUUUAUCAUAAGUAACUUACCUUACAUUGCAUAUUCAUACUUCAUACGUCCAUGUUUUAGUUACAUAUUUUAUGUUAUGACUUUGUUUUUUUUUAAUAAUUUAAUUAUUGUUUUCCCUUGAGCAUAAUGUUUUUUUUAUUUGUUGUAAGAGUCACUAUAUUUCCAUAAGUUUGUGGAAUCUGCAAUAUUUUGGUGAGAUGUUAAAAAAAUGAUAUUACUAGAAAAUUCGUAUUCUUGUGUGACAGAAGUAUGUAAACAAUAGUUGCUUUUAUACAGUACCUCUGUAGUUAAUAUAUUAUCACCUCAUAAAUACUAACAUAAUAUUAAAUGUUGGUGAAUUUUUGGUGCUUCUAGUAGUAAGUGUAAUUUAAUCCUUAUUCAUUCCAUUCUGAAGUUUAAUUGUAGCAAAUGUAGUGUUAAACUUGUAUUUUUCAAUCUAGCCUUUACAGAUCUCUUAGUAGUUUACAACAAAAUAUGAUUAUUUGGACCAAAUCUUCAUAAAAAAUAUGUCAAUAAAACAGAUCUCAAAAAAAAAA